UGGCCGUCUCGUACUUGUCUUUUUCAGUAACACUCAUCACCGCCAUUAACGAUUCCCGAUUCCAACUCUCCAAUCGGCCAAAACAAAAUGCCCAAAAUCUCCUUUUCUCUUUCUUGAAGAAAACUAAGUCCAAGUCACUUUUACAUAAAACUUAAAAAUGGCGUCUGUUUGCUUUUCAGUUUGGUUGUAUUUAUCGCCAUUUUAGCUGUUUAAUUGGAAAUCCUUCGUUUUGUUUUACUGCGUCUUCCAGCUGUUUGCAAAAAUGCCCACAAAACGAACCUUCACUCCGAUUCUAUUCGCUGCUGUUUCGGCGCCCGCACCCUUUCCAUCCAAGUCACCACCUUAUCCUGUGUCAAUCUCAUUUAACAGUGUCUUAUUAUAAUAUUUAAUUUUAUUUUCUCUGAAUUGAUAAUCAUAUAAAUAUAAUAUAUAUUUCUGAAAUGGACUAAUCUUUUCCCUUUCGAGGACUGGGACAAACAACCAAAAGGAAACCCAUCUUCCAAAUCUGGAAACACUUCCUCCCUCCGUACCUUCCUCUCUCUUCUGGGCUCUGCAAAAUUAGUUUCUCUGUUGUAAUGGAAGCCUCCGCUAAUGAACGCCUUCAUUUUGGGAAGAUGGGUUAUGGAUGCAAGCAUUAUAGGAGGAGAUGCAGGAUAAGAGCUCCUUGUUGCAACGAGGUCUUCUCUUGUCGCCAUUGUCAUAACGAGGCCACGAGCAUGUUGAGAAACUUCAGUGAUCGCCAUGAGAUUGUUCGACAAGAUGUUAGCCAAGUUAUAUGUUCAGUUUGUGAUACAGAGCAGCCGGUUGCUCAAGUUUGUACAAACUGCGGUGUUAGCAUGGGGGAAUAUUUCUGUGAGAUUUGCAGAUUCUAUGACGAUGAUACCAAGAAAGGGCAGUUUCAUUGUGAUGAUUGUGGGAUUUGCAGAAUUGGUGGCCGCGAGAACUUCUUUCACUGCAAGAAGUGCGGGUCAUGCUAUUCGAUUGGCCUGCGCAAUAAUCAUUUGUGUGUUGAGAACUCUAUGCGUCACCACUGUCCCAUAUGUUUUGAGUACCUCUUUGAUUCGCUGAAAGACACUGCGGUAAUGAAAUGUGGGCACACGAUGCAUUCAGAGUGUUACCAUGAAAUGAUAAAGCGUGACAAAUAUUGUUGUCCAAUAUGCUCCAAGUCAGUGAUUGACAUGUCCAAAACAUGGCAGCGAAUAGAUGAGAGGUGAGCUUCUUUUGUAUUAGCUUUUCAAAUUGAGUAUGGUUGCAGGGGAACUUUGUAUUUCUGCAUUUAAGAUCUGAUGAUAUGUUGGUCAAGCUAGCUUGUGACAGAUUCAUC